AUGGACAGUGGCGACCAGCGGGGUCUCACGGUGCAGGACGAGGAGACCAUGUGCACGUCGGCCUCUGAGGGUCUGGAGGAGGGGGAAGUGGAGGGAGAGACUCUGCUCAUUGUGGAAUCAGAGGACCAGACCUCUGUGGAUCUGUCCCAUGACCAGAGCGGGGACUCUAUGAACAGCGACAUUGGGGAGGACGGAGAAGGAAGCUGGAACGAGGACAUGUCCUUCUACUGCGACAAGUGCCACAAAUGGAUCCCGGCUGCCCAGCUACGUGGAGAGCAACCCAGCUACCUGAAAGGAGACAACUUUUUUAAGUUCAUCUGCUCCAACUGUGCGGAAGAUGGGAAGGAGAGUUUUGAGAGGAUGAGGUUGACCUGGCAGCAGGUGGUGAUGUUAGCCAUGUAUAACUUGUCUUUAGAGGGAACUGGACGACAAGGAUACUUCAGAUGGAAAGAAGAUAUUUGUGCAUUUAUUAGUCGCCACUGGACCUUCCUACUUGGUUCCAGGAAGAAGACGUCCACGUGGUGGAGCACUGUGGCAGGGUGUCUGUCUGUCGGCAGUCCAACGUUUUUCCGUUCAGGAGCGCAGGAGUUUGGUGAACCGGGUUGGUGGAAGCUGGUUCAGAACCGUCCACCUACUCUACGCCCUGAGGGUGACAAAAGCUCUGCAGCCUCGCUCAAGGCAAAAGCUGUGUCAAAGCCAUCUCUGGAGCCCAUAAUCACAGUGGAGGGUUUGAGGAAGCGGGGAAGUCGUAACCCAGUGGAAAAUGCCAUGCAGCUGAAAGAAAAGCGUUCUCGAACACAAGAGGCAAAAGAGAUUAGGCGUGCACAGAAGGAGGCGGCUGGGUUUCUUGACCGCAGUGCCUCGUCUACACCUGUGAAACUGGGCAACCGUGCACGACGGCCUGAGCCUUAUCUGGAGAAGGGUGAAGUCAUUGACUUUUCCUCCCUCAGCUCAUCAGACAGAACCCCCCUCACCUCUCCAUCCCCAUCCCCUUCUCCUGACUUCUCCGCCCCUGGAACCCCUGCCUCACACUCUGCUACGCCAAGCCUGCUGUCAGAGGCCGAUCUGAUCCCGGAUGUCAUGCCCCCUCAGGCUCUGUUCCACGAUGAUGAAGAAUUGGAUGCAGAGGGUGUUAUUGACCCUGGGAUGGAAUAUAUUCCUCCUCCUAGCAUGCCUUUGGCCACUGGUACCAUCAUGGUCAGAAAAAAGCUACGUCCGGCUGAGCUAAUCAAACAAGAACUGGAGAGUGAAGAUGAGGAGCGUGGCAGAGAUGUUGAAGAAGAUGAUGGCCAGGACGAUGGCAGAAGAGGACGAGUUUUAGAGCGAAGGAAGGUUCUCCAGGACAAGGGUGAAGGCUGUGUGUCUUUAUCUGCCCCCCGCCACACAUUCAUCAGCCUUUAUGAGGAGCGCAUGCUGCUCCACAAGCUGGAAGCAUGUCCGCAAGCUUUGGCCGUCACACCACAGGCCAAAAGGCUGCAUCGUAAGUUACUUGUGCGGCAGGCUAAAAGAGAGCGGGGGCUUCCCUUGCUGGACGUGGAUCAGGCUGUGAGUGCGACACUCAGCCUGGUGGGGGGCGUCUAUGGGGCACAAGGGGGUUUAGCCAGGCACAGGACAAGUGGAGAGGAUAAAUACAGAACCACCAGCCAGGACCUUCGUAUCCUUGACCGCUUUCAAUCAACAGUGUCCAUAAGGAAAGGGUUUUAUCAGCACACUGUGUCAUUCUGGCACAGGCUGAUGGGUUCUGAUGCCUGCAUGGAUCAGACCAUCAAGAGUCCCUACACAUCCAGAGUACUCAAGCCAUUCAUCAGGAGAGACUAUGAGAGUCGACCGCUGAAGUUGCGUUUGCUCUCAGAGAUUCGUGCGCAUCACCACAAGAAUGACCCGAAUUGGGUAGCUGAACCUGACGCACCUAUAGAUUACUGCUACGUACGGCCAAAUCACAUCCCCUCUGUCAACUCCAUGUGCCAAGACAUCUUCUGGCCUGGCAUCGAUCUGUCGGAGUGCCUCCAGUACCCAGACUUCAGCGUGGUGGUGCUUUACAAGAAAGUCGUGAUUGGUUUUGGCUUCAUGGUGCCAGAUGUGAAGUACAACGAGGCCUACAUCUCUUUCCUGCUGGUGCAUCCAGAAUGGAGGCGAGCUGGUAUCGCCACAUUCAUGAUCUACCAUCUCAUUCAGACCUGCAUGGGAAAGGAUGUGACACUACACGUAUCAGCAAGCAACUCUGCCAUGCUACUCUAUCAGAAGUUUGGCUUCAAGACAGAGGAGUACAUCCUAGACUUUUAUGAUAAAUACUAUCCAGUGGACAGCAAAGAGUGCAGACACGCAUUCUUACUGCGUUUACGUCGCUGAGGAGUUUGUUUAAUUUUCUAUAUCAUUGUGCCACUUGUUAUGUGGCUUGAAUGUCACAUGGCACAGACCAGAAGAGAGACAGUAAGUGUUUGCUAGUGUUUUCACAGAUAUACUUGUUGUUAUGUCCUAUUUGAGUGUCAGUAUGUGACUUUUUUUUAAAUAUAUUUGUUUCUAUGUUAUACCAAAGGAAAUUUAGUUUCUUUGCAUCAGAGUUACAGACGCCGAGAGAGGUCAUGCGCUCAGCAAGUUAAGAAAACAAAUGCAAAUAGGAAAACACUAACAAAUGGAGAAAACAUCUUCAUCAGUUUGACAACACACAUGCACACAAAUUCUUACAACACAUGCAAAUACAGAAACACACUGCAAAUAGUCCAGACCACAACGGAAAAGUGACAAACCUGACAGCUUCCUGUUAAAGUCACCCGUUAUUGUUGGUCAAGGAGUUCCAAUCCCCCCUCAACAGUUUGUUCAUCAUUCAGCCAGGAUCGUUGCUUUUCCACUGUGGUCUGUGUUAUUUCUGUAUUUGCAUUCGCAUAUGCUGUCAAAUAGAUUAUGUUUUCUCUAAUUGUUAGCCAUUUUUCUCAACUUGCAGCAAAUUUUGAGCUCUCUCGGUCAACAAACCAGCAUAGUAAUUCUCCUCCUCCUUUGCAUCAUGAACAUUUCAGUUUGUUUUUGUAGGUUAAGUGCUGUUUAUUUUCACCACUCAUGUUUGCACCCACAGUUGUGUAGAUAUAGAUGUUACCAUCUGUUAGUUAAGCAUCAUAAUGUCUAAUAUGGUGUUGGUUGAUCCAUCAUGGAAUAAAAAUAGUAAUUGCGAAUUCUCAAAA